UCCGUCGCUCCGCGGGGCACUUCGGGCAGGUACUGCUGGCGAGAGCUGGGACAUGGCCUUGUUCCCGGCUUUCGCCGGUGCCCCAGAGCCCGGGGAGGCCCCAGCCGGCAGCAGCGAGGGCUCCAGGAAAGAACUGGACUGGCUUAGUAACCCAAGCUUCUCUACGGAAGAUGCCCUGUUACUGCAUCAGCGCACUGCAGAAGCUGCAAAUCUCACCCCUGAAAAAUCACCACUAAGAAGGAAUACUUCAAGAUCAGAUUUAUCAGGGGAAAGUGAUACAGAUGAGAGUCUGAAAAAGUCAACUAAGAAAAGGAAAAAGAAAAAGAAAAAGCAUCACCACUCUAAGACAAAAAAGAAAGCCAAGGGGGACUCCAGUAGCAGCGAAUCAGACCUGGACACGAAGCAUAUCAAGGACAAAGCUGCCACAAAUCUAGAUGAUAAAACAUCAAAUCUUACCAGCAACCGCUUUGUUUGGCUGGAUGAUGUCCAGGCUUUCACAGCAGAAACUUUCAGAAUAGACAAAAAAUCAGACCCUGCAAACUGGGCCUACAAAUCCCUGUAUCGAGGGGACAUUGCAAGAUACAAAAGGAGAGGAGAGUCCUGUCUUGGCAUAGAUGCAAAGAAACAGUGUAUAUCUUGGGACAGCACAACAUCAGAGAAGAAGCAAUUGCAGAGGCGACCUGAGCGCUACUUCUCAAAGAGCAAUGUGAAGAGCCUGAACACAGAUGGGAUUCCUGUUUGCAAUAAAAGUUCUCCAUCUGAGCCAGCUGCAUUUAUACCAGUUUUCCAUGUGGAAGCCAGCGAUCCUUCUGACACAACAGAAGUAAAUCCUCUUGGGAUUUAUGAUCCAUCAACUACAGAGUGGCUACAAGGAAAAGGGUACAAAGGUGAAGAACAUGAGCCUGUAAACACACAGCAGGCGUUUCAAGAGCCUGGGAUAAAUGUUAACCCCAUUCUAAUGACAAAAGUGGAAGAACAUAAUAAGAAAGUCAGAGAAAACCCAAGAGAUAUUCAGGCUUGGAUGAAUUUUGUUUCAUUUCAGGAUGAAUUAAUGAGAGGACCUAGCCCUUAUGCCAGUGUGGGAGAGCAGGAAGUAAGAAGAAAAUCACUGAAGUUAAUCUUGGAGAAGAAACUAGCUAUUUUAGAGAGGGCAAUUGAAAGCAAUCCAAGUAAUGUUGAUCUGAAACUCGCCAGGCUGAGUGUUUGCACGGAAUUCUGGGAAUCACCAGCUGUGAUCAAAGAAUGGCAGAAGCUAAUUUUCAUACAUCCCAAUAAUCCAGAGCUGUGGAAGAAAUAUCUCCUGUUCUGCCAGAGUCAAUUCAGUACCUUUUCUGUUUCUAAAAUCAAUAGCCUCUAUGGAAAAUGUUUGACUACCUUGGCAGCUGUACAGGAUGGCAGCAUGGUAUCACAUCCUCCACUGCCUGGCACAGAAGAAGCCAUGCUUGCUAUCUUUAUUCAGCAGUGCCACUUUCUGAGACAAGCUGGCCAUUCGGAGAAGGCUGUGUCUUUGUUUCAGGCUCUGAUUGACUUCACCUUCUUUAAACCUGACAGCGUAAAAGAUCUGCCAACAAAGGGACAGGUGGAAUUCUUUGAACCCUUUUGGGAUAGUGGAGAACCACGAAUUGGAGAAAAAGGAGCAAGAGGCUGGAGAGCAUGGAUGCACCAACAAGAAAAGGGUGGCUGGGUUGCUCUUGACAAUCCUGACGAUGAUGAUGAAGAAGAAAUAGAUGAGGAUGAAGAAAUAAAGGAUAAAACUCUCCCCAAGUGGCACAUUUGGAUGGAUAUUGAAUAUUCUCGUGAAUCAAGACAUUGGUUACCUUGGAGGCCAGACAAAACCAAAAAUCAAGCAGAAGAAGACUGUGAAGAUCCAGAAAGACAGGUAUUAUUUGAUGAUCUUGGGCCGUCUUUAAUCCAGCUUUCUAAUCCGGACAUUCAGCAUCAAUUAGUGUAUUCAUUUUUGCAAUUCCUGGGAGUUCCAUGUAUAAGUAAGCUCUUUCCUCCCAACCUCUAUGUUGCCAUGGAUGAAAAUAAUGUCUUUGACAACGUGCUUUCUGAUGAAAAGCCACUGACUUCUAUUGAUACGCCGCUUUCUGGAUUCAGCAGUAUUGGUCAUAUGGACACGAUGCUAAGGAGGAGACAUCACAUAGGCCACUGUAAAGAUGGAGAGGAGUUCAUACAGAAUGUUUUUCACGUUCUAUCUCCAUUGUUUUCAGGAAAGGAAAAGUCAAACCUGUCCAUUUGUUGGUUACAGUAUGAAAUAUCUAAGGUAGUUCAGUGUAUCCAAACAAAAAAGAAGAAGAAGCUGAAAGCUCAAGGGAGGAAAAGUAAAAAAUUGGCCAAGAAUCUCCUUAAAGCACCUGACAACAGAAAUAACCUCGCUCUCUGGAAACUCUACGCCUACCUGGAGUGGCUGCUUGGUAACACUGACGAUGCUAGGAAGGUGUUUGACACAGCCCUCUGCACAGCAGGGACGGGAGGACUGAAGAGUCCCCAGCUGUGCAGCCUCAGUCUGCUUUAUGCCCAGCUGGAAGUGGAGCUACUGCAAAGCCUAGAAGGAGCUGUUACGUCACGUGCUGUUCACGUGUUGACCAAACUGACUGAAAGCGGACCAUACGUGCCCUACAACGGACAAGUGCUGUCUGUUGGCAUCUUGAAAGCUCGUAAGACAUACGAGCAUGCACUGCAAGAUUCUUUCAGUAAGGCACCGGUUUCUGAGCAGGAUCGGGCCAGUAAUUCUAAUCAACUGGUUAACUUAGUUGGCUGUUACGCAGUGUUCCAGUAUUUGACUGUUGGAAUUGAUGCUGCUGAAUUAGUGUGUGCACAGGCUUUGGAAAAGCUUGAAGCUUCUCAUGUACAGAAAUGUGAAAAUACUGCAGAGACUUCCAGCAUUCAGCAUUUUCCCACUGCUCUUGAGGCUGUCACACUGCUGCGUGCAAAUUUACUCAGAUUCCACAUGAAAAUUAGUGCUUAUCCUUUGAGUCCUUUGCGAGAAGCACUAACAGAGGCCCUCAAACAGUUUCCUAGCAACCAGGCUCUAUGGAGAGCAUACAUCCAGAGCCAGAAGAAGUCUCACAGUGCUAGCAAGGCACGGAGGUUUUUCGAUGGUGUCACAAGGUCUGCUAACUCUUUAGAGCCGUGGCUGUUUGCCAUCCAAGCAGAGCAGAUGAGAAAAAAACUUAUUGAGAAUGUCCAGAGGGCAGAUGUUGGUGAAAUACAUACCACUAUUCCUGAAACUGGGUUAACAAAUAGGAUUAUCUCUCUAUUUGAACAUGCGAUUCAGAGUGAAAAUGGCACCCACUGUCCCUUGCUGUGGAGAAUGUAUUUGAACUUUCUGGUUUCAGUUGGAAAAAAAGAAAAGAGUAAAGGAUUGUUUUAUAAAGCCAUUCAAAGCUGUCCUUGGGCAAAGGUACUCUACAUGGACGCAGUGGAAUACUUCCCUGAGCAGCUGCAGGAGACGCUUGAUCUCAUGACUGAAAAAGAAUUAAGAGUGCGGGUACCUAUGGAAGAGCUGGAUCUACUAUUAGAGGUUUAAGAGAAGAUAAGGAUGAAGAAAAUACAAAGCCAGUUCUAACGCUAACACUUAGAACUCUUUUCAAACAAGAACUCUGUUGUGACUUGAGUAUUGUCUACUUCUCCUCAAGCUUUUGUACAACUUGCUACCAAAAUGGAGUUCUAGCUGCAAGCAUUCCGGGAUCAAGAACUGCACUUAGCCCACAAAAAUGCAUCCAUUCACUGAAGUAGCGCUGACUUCCACAGGAUUCUCUCUUAUAAACCCUCUUACAAACACAGUCCUGUUGUACACCGCUCACAUUUCUUAUUCCAUUGAUUGAAGUUACAUUCCCUAGAGUUCAGCAGAGAUUCCAUACGCGCUAACUACACCUUGUGAGCCAGGCAGGAAAUAAACAUCUGCCCCUCAGGUACCCCACUCUUCCAGUUGGCAGACCCCAGUAAUUUCCUCCAGUUUGGUACGCACGUGUAUUUAAGUACCAAGUCACAGCAAGUUGCAUCUGUUCAUGAACAGUUGGUAAAAGCCAAAUCUCAUCUUCGAAAGACGCCUGUUAUGGACUUGUAUUGGAAUGUUUUGACAAAUGGCUUUUGAUAUGAAUAUUUAUGAAAUACAUACCUUAAUUUUUAUAAUUCAAAUGGAACUUGAGUUAUUUUUUCUUAAUCUUAUUGUGAAUUUUAAAAUGAAAUUGUAUCUCUAGAACAUCUCAAUGCAGCCCAUUUUUAAUCAAGACUGUAUAAUUGAUUACUCUCUCUCAAUGCAAAUCUAAGCAGUUAUCGUAAGAGAAAGGUCUGUUCUGUAUUCAAUCCUGUCCAAAGAAAGUAGAAUUGUGAAAGCACAUCCUCAGUGACUAGCUUCUAUUCCAAAAAACUUUAGGCAAGCUCAUGGAUAAGCAGUAUGAAAUAAGGUAAUGAUUUAACAAUGUAAUUAUGCUGUAUUCAUUCUGUAAGACAAUAUAUGAAAGUACCCAAACAACUGCAUUAAGCAUCCCUGUCUUGACAUUCAAGUACUCAGAAGUUAGAGCAUCGUGUGAAACAGAGUAGCUGCAGCUACUGAGCGCCCCAAACUGCUUCAGAAGGUUUUAGGACAAGAGCAGCAACUGGCAGUAAGAGCACAGAAACAAACAGGAGAUGCUCAGCUGCUGAAAUCCAAUUACAUGGAAAAUGAAGUCCUGCAGCCUCAACCUCACCUUUACCUGUAGUAACACAGCGUGGGAUGUGUUAGAUGAGGCUACGAUUCAUGUAUUCGUCUUUCUAAAAGUAUUCUAAAUGUUACAGGGAACGUGCAGAACUUUAAAUAGCAUCACAGCACUUUCUAGGAGCCUUAUAACCUGGUACUCCAGGUGAUGCUGGUUUUGCUAUAAAUCUUCAUUAAAAAGUAUGCAUUCUGCUUACGAAGAAGCAAAAUUGCUUCUGAGAAGUUCUUAGCAAUACCAGGCAAAGCAUUCCCAGGUAGGCCAACAGUCAUAUGCAGAAAGAAGAAAGGAACUCACCUAACUGGAGAGGAGGCUCUCUGGCCGUUCAGCAAUCCUCCACCAGCAGCAGCCAAAGUACAAGAGCUGUUGCCCUUCCAGAAGGUGGCCCUUACAUGAGCCCAGGGCUUCUCCCUGGUUCCACCCCUCCUGGUCACAUGGGGAGCACAGGUGUGAACAAUUUGCCCGUGCUCCUUGAGCAGCCACAGCCCUUCACCAGGUGCUCAAUCACCAGCUGAAGCUAACUGUGCCCUGAAGUCUGUUAUUUUUAAAUUCAACACUUCUCUCAUAUACCAAGGAGUCCUGAAAUGGAGGUAGGAAUUAUUUUGUGCACCAAAUCAAAACUUGUGGAUGUUUAACUUGUUUCUGCUCUCCCAUCAGAGCAGAAUGCCACUUCCUCUGAAGUUCUAGAAAGGGGGAGAAGGGCAGCACAGCUGUGCUUCUGUUUAUUUUUCAGUCACCUGUUUCUUCCAUGCAUUCUCCCUCUCAGGGGUCCUGUUCCUCCUUAGCACGGUUCUUCCUGGUGCACUGCUCAUGCUGCUCACUCACCGGAGCCCCUGAAGUUAAGUCCCGCCUUCAAUUCAGACCUGCUAUAUUUUUUUCCUGUAUGGGGAACAUGCUGGCUUUAUUACUUUAAUCUUUUUUUUUCCUUGAGUUCCAAAAUAUUGGAUAAAGAGGCAGAAAUUCUGCUGCAAAAGGUAGGAAUUAAGUUUUUCAAACAUAUGCUGCUUCUUCUCAUGGCAUUCAGUGUGCAAGAAGGCAGUUCUAGAUUUAGCACAACACAGUGCAGCUUCCCUUCUCAGCUGCACCAUCCCCUCUGUGGUGGUUGUUUCCAGCACUAACAACCACAUUCCCCCUUCCUCCUCUCAAUCCCACCCCCCUCCCCCCCCAAAAUAAAAAGUACAGCCUUGUUUACCACAGGUUAUAAAGCCCCUGAGCUCCACAAGCCAUAAUGAGGCCAGCUGUCACAAUAAAAAAGUGCUUGCCUAACAACUCUCUGGCUUCUCAUUCCCAGUGAGACACACCUCAGGUUCACAAGAAUGGGUAACACAACUUUUUGCCUUCCUUUUUUCCCCUCUUUCUCUACAGCUGAAAACAACUCUAUUUCAGGUUUCCUCUUGUCCACAUGCAUACAUCUCCAGUCAUACAUAGGGUUAGUUUUUAGCAAUAAAUCACAUAAUUGUAACAUGAAAAACCAAUAGCUCUUGGCCUUGCUGCUGCCAUUGUUGUCACAGCACUGCAACGCUUCAUGUGUAACCUCCUCAUUUCUGUCACCCGCCGCGUUUUGCACCCACAGAAAGUUUCCACAGCAAAGACUGCGUUCUGUAUACUGAACAACUGUGUCAGUAACUCCUCUUGCCU